AUGGCUUCAAAGCUUCUUUCCGCACUUUUGAAUUAUCAAGGGCAGGAUAGUGCCCAUCCGUACACGUUACUUAUUGGCAUUGGGGUAAUAUUUGCAAUUGCUUUGAUUGUUCGCCUUCGAAAUCCGCUCAACUCAAUUCCAGGUCCAUUCUGGGCACGAUGGACCCCCUUCUGGCUCACCUACUACGCCAGCAACGGAAAUAUGCACCGGAAAAUGAUUGAAACUCACAAAAGGUAUGGUAGCUUGGUUAGAACGGGGCCGAAUGAAAUCAGCGUUAGCAACCCACAGGCGCUGAAAGUUAUCUAUGGUCAGCAGAUCCCUCCCGUCGUCGUGAUCCCAGUACCGACCCUGAACUGGGACUGUGCUAAAUUUUUUGAGGCUCGAAUAGGUGCCGGAAAUAACUUCCGUAAAAGCGAUUGGUACAGUGUAUGGCAAGGGGUCCGCAAGUGGGAUCUCUUUGGCGAGAGGAACGAAGAGAUUCAUCGCGCACAGAGGAAAUUGGUCAGCCAGAUUUACUCUCUGUCCAACAUGAAAAAGCUAGAACCGUAUGUAAACAGCGCGGUAUCUGUAUUCGUCGAGAAACUAGCUACUCAAUCUCACGCACCAAUCCAUAUGAAUAAAUGGACUCAGCUGUUUGCCUUUGACGUGAUUGGAGAAAUCACUUUCUCAAAAAGAUUCGGGUUCAUGGAAUCUGGCAACGAUGAUGGAGCAUUCUCCAUGAUCGAAAACUCACUGCGUUCCGCAGCGUGGGUCGGAUAUGUCCCCUGGGUAUAUUGGACCAACCUUAGGCUUUCCCCUAUUAUAGGCAGUCAUCUCGCAGUCACUGCCCGACAAGGACGCCUACUCGCAUUCGCGGCUAAAGCUAUUGCUGAGCGGAAAGAGCGAGGCAGCGAGCACGAAGAUAUUCUAAGCCAAUUCUUCAGCGUUCAACAAGAAAAGCCCGAGUUUAAUGAUAUGUCGAUAACAUCAAUGGUCGCCAGUAAUAUUUUUGCGGGGAGCGACUCUACAGGUGCCUCUAUCUCAUCUCUUCUUUUCUAUGUUUGCAAGAAUCCGGACUCCAAAAAGCAGCUGGUGGACGAAAUCGACGCGGUUGCGAAAGCCCAAAAUAUCCAGCGUGGCGAAGUCUUUUCACUAGAGACAGCAAAUGGUAUGCCAUACCUGCAGGCAUGUAUGUGGGAAGCUCUGCGUUGCUUUCCAGCUGUUGGAAUGAACCUUGGCCGCGUGGUUCCACCAUCCGGGGUUGAAAUAGAUGGGCAAUACAUUCCUGGAGGAACCGUUGUUGGAGCGAAUGCGUGGGUGGUUCACCAGGAUAAGAAGACAUUCGGUGAGGAUGCCGAUAAAUUUCGACCAGAAAGAUGGAUGGAAGAUUCCGAGCGUGUUGGUGAUAUGAAACGUGGAUUCUUUUCUUUUGGAGGUGGAUCACGGCUUUGCAUUGGGAGAAACAUUGGCUGGUUAGAGAUGUCCAAAGUUGUUCCAACUCUGCUCCACACUUUCGACAUGGAACUUCCUGAUCCUGACCUAGAAUUGAUAGAGCAUGCCUGGUCGUUCGUGAAAAUUGAGAAUUUCCGAGUAACACUGAAGCCGAGAGGAAAGUUGGCAGCGAAUUAG